AUGGACAAUCGUCGCUUGUACUCGUUCCUGAUGGCCUUCGAUGACCAUUACUUGGUUCCGGUGAAGAGGUUUGCCUCAAAGGAACACUACGGUCUUGCUGACUUCGAGCGCAAAGCGACCUCCAUUUGUGGUGGGCAUCUGGUCCAGCUGCGCUCCCAGAGCCAUGCCCACAGCGAAAGCGUCCCAUUGCCUGCAACGGCCAAGUCCUUUUUGAAGAUGAAAUGGUCCGAAGUGCGGGACCACCAGGGAGCGUGUCUCCGAAUCCAAGAAGACCAAGUGGUGAUCUCCGGAUCUCAGCGCCAGGCCACGAAAGCGUUCAGAUGCGUGCAGAGUUUGCAGAGAGAUUAG